AAUGAGAAAGUUGUGGGUUUGGGCAAAUGACAGGGGUAGAGGGCAGUAGUACUUGUUCGCACAAGUUCCCAGAAAAAAUCCAAACUGAUUUGGAUCCGUUCGGUCUCGCUACUUUGGCGUAUGGCGAGGCCUUACGCAAUAUUUCCGACGAAUAAGUCGGAUCCAAUGGACGCGGGUUGACUCAGCGACACGUGUUUGGAUCGUUCGUCGUUUUCAUGGCCAUUCGGACGAAGUCGAAUCGGGGACCUUUUCGCAGUUUUCUGCUCCCAGUGGACGCGAGGUCUAACUUUACAAAGUUUCAGAGUGAGCAUGGGAGAAUAGAGGGGGAGCGAGGCUACUUGACUCCCACCCUGCCGGAGGCCGACCGAAGGGACGGCCAAUCACAGGGCGUUUUUCUUAUGAUGUCAUCAGAGGAGGAACCCGACUGUUUCGGUUUGUACGGAGACAAACUUUUGAAGAAGACCAAACGUUCCAGACAGCGUGUGGACGCCGGAGAGCCGCGUAACAGCUAUUCAUCUAUCCCGAAUUUCAGUUCGCGUCCUAGUUUCUUGAACAGCGGGUUGUACGGUGCGUUCCUUUCUCAAAAUCAACACUUGGGACUUCUCGGGCAGGGCUUCGCGCCCGCCAAAAUGCUGAAUGAGCUUCUAGGGAGACAAGUAAAACAGGGAAGUGAAGGUGCGAAUCCGGCUGACGGUAUGAUGACUCUAGACCCGGCCGGCUCGGAGGGAGCCGUGAAUUUCGAGUGCCUCGGCUCUGGGGCCGUGAUCAGGAGAGGGUUGGACGAAGACGGCAGCCCCCCGCCGAACGAGAUGGCCCAUCACAUGUUGAGGGACAUCCUACAAGGGAGGAAGAAGGAUUUUCUCGCUUUGGAGCAGGAGCUGAGAGGCGUCAACGCCGGCGGGAACAACGAUCCUCACAGUCCCGACAACAACAACAGUAUCAACAAUAACAACAACAACGAGGUAAAGUCGAACGCUUUGUUAAACGGCGGUGAUGUGAAUCAUUCCGAGUCGAACUGUGCCGAUAUAAAGCCGGUGAUGAACGGUGUCCUGGACCUAGACAACAACAGCGGAGGUGAAGAGGGAAAUCAGGGCGAAGAAGUGUUGAGCGACGACGGAGGGAAGCAAAACCGCGGGGGCGCGGACACUGACGACGGCAAUCUCAACACCGGCAAUGUGAGUGAUUCCGAGCAAUCCGUCGUCUCGCCGUUGUCAGAUCACGACAUGAAAAUGAUCAAACAGGAGCCUGAAGACGGGUCGAAAGAAGCCGGCGGUCACAAGACGGAACAGCUGGAGCUGAAGAGAGCCAGAGUCGAAAAUAUCGUUUCUUCCAUGAGAUCGAGCCCGUCGUUGCCCACACAGGUGAACGGUUGCAAGAAGAGGAAAUUGUACCACCCCCAACAGCACGACAGUGCCGCCGAGCGUUAUUCAAGUAUAGGGAUUAAUAUGAAUAUGGGUAUGUUUAUAGACGAUGAUACUGUAGAUAAUAACUCUUUAGAUAAUAGUGAAAUAAGGCAAAAGAAAGUAGAAAAAGACGCGUUAAAGACUCAAUUAAGGACUAUGCAGGAACAGUUAGCGGAAAUGCAACAGAAAUACGUUCAGCUGUGUACGCGUAUGGAUCAAGAUUCAGAAUGUCAAAACGAAGAAGAAGGGAGUGAUAUCGAUCAGGACAAUAAUAGCUUAUCGCUACCGGAAAAACCUAUCAAAUCUUCUCCUACGACCACGCCGGUAAAAGAGGUUCCGUCUUCGACGACGACCCAGCCGACCACGCCUACUCAGUCUACGAUAACGCCUUCGAUAUCGAAAAUCAUUUCAAAUAAAUUACAGCCACCGCACCUGAACGCGCAUCAGAUGCAAAUGCCGCCCAAUUUCAACGGGGCUUUGUCUUUGUUGCAGCAACAAGUUUUACAGGACCAACACCCUAUCAGUCAUCAUCAUUCACAUCAUCAUCAUCACCAUCCUCAGAUUCCGCACCCGGCGUUGAGCAACGCCGCGGCGAUGUAUUUAGGCGUCAGCCAUAAAUUCUUUAUGGAACAAGAGGCUAGGCUAAACAAAGAAGCGGCGAUUGCGGCCGAGCAGCAGCAGCAACAACAACAGCAGCAGCAACAACAGCAACAACAACAGCAACAUCAACAACAACAACAUUUAACUCAACAAGCUCAACACCAUCAACAACAACAUCAUUCUCAAUCAGUACAGCCGAGUCAACCGUCCCAAAAUCAGUCUCACGGGCCUCAAAAUCCGCCGACGCCCACUCAACAAAUUCCUACCAACACACAAACUGUGCAGACGAACCGUCAAUCUCCAACGCAACAAGUGAAGAACGCAGAGUUUGCCGAUAGGAUUUCCCUGCUGAGAAGUAACCCCAUGACCCAGAUUCCAGGACCGGAUUUAGAAGGUUUGGCGGACGCUCUAAAGGCGGAAAUCACGUCUUCCCUGGGCACUCUGAUCGAUUCUAUUAUGGCCAGAUUCGUUCAGCAAAAACGAUACAUGGGUAAACAAUCCGAAGCUGCUGCCGAACAGCUGAAUAAGGACCUGAUGCUGGCGUCUCAGCUCUUGGACAGAAAAUCUCCGAGGGCGAAAGUGAUAGACCGAGGUAAUCCGGGUCCGGAGAGGCCCAACGGACCCAACGGAAUGAACGGCGUGUCAACACCCACAGCGCCGCCGAGAAUCAACGGAACCGUUUUCCCUUCAUUAUCCGUGCCACACCAUCAAAACAACAGCAGUAGCAAUGGAAACGGGAAUAAUCCUGAAAACAACAUCAACACGUUGAAUCUGCCUCACAUCAGGCCAUCGCCGAACUCGUCCAUUUUUCAGACGCCGAAACCGCCGACGAGUAUGAGUUCCGCCACGGCCGCUCUUUAUUCGUCGAUGAGUGGAAUCCCCGUACACGGAAAUCCAUUUUGUAUGUCCGAGUCAAGGGAAGGAGCUCCUGAACAGAACGAAGCUCUCAGCUUAGUCGUACCUCAGAAAAAGAAGAGGCACAAAGUCACUGAUACGAGGAUUACACCGAGGACUGUGAGCAGGAUUUUGGCCCAGGACGGUCUCGGCGGACCUCCUCCGACAAAUAUCGAGCAGAGUCCAAAGUUCAACAACGUCAUCCCUUCGACAAGUGGUAACACGUCAGACUCGCCGCCCCCGAGACAAUACCACGCGCCGCCUCCACCGAUGCUGCCGGUAUCCCUCCCGACGUCCGUCGCGAUACCCAAUCCGAGUCUCCACGAGUCUCAAGUAUUUUCUCCUUAUUCUCCUUUUUAUCAUCAAAGCCACCCUCACAUACCUUCCGGAAGUCCUCCGGGGAUGAACGAAAUGAGGGAUUCUCCGCCUUUGCCUCAUCCGCCGAGUCUUCUUCACCCGGCUCUCCUGGCAGCCGCUCAGCACGGCGCGUCUCCCGACUACGCCAACAUGAGGGUGAAUUCGGCCCUAGGAACUGGAAACGACAACGUCGACAGGACUUCGGACUGUAAUUCCGGAGACGGCCCCUACGACUCCAUCACGCCGACAGUUUACUCGUCGACCCUGACGCCGAUGCAUCUGCGGAAAGCCAAGCUGAUGUUCUUCUGGGUGAGGUAUCCCAGCAGUGCUGUCUUGAAGAUGUAUUUCCCUGACAUCAAAUUCAACAAGAACAACACUGCUCAACUUGUCAAAUGGUUCUCCAAUUUCAGGGAGUUCUACUAUAUCCAAAUGGAGAAAUACGCCAGACAAGCAGUCAGCGAAGGUGUCAAAGCAUCCGAUGACCUGCAUGUCAGUGGCGAUUGUGAGAUUUACAGGGUUCUCAAUCUCCACUACAAUAGGAACAACCACAUAGAGGUGCCACCUAACUUCCGCUACGUUGUCGAGCAAACAUUGAAAGAAUUCUACAAAGCCAUCCAGACCGGAAAAGAUACCGAACAGUCUUGGAAAAAGAGUAUCUACAAAAUAAUCUCACGGUUGGACGAUCCUGUUCCUGAAUAUUUUAAGUCUCCAAAUUUCCUUGAACAGUUGGAGUAAAGAAGAAAUAGUGACUAAGACUAUUUACAUACAUCUGUAAACUGUUUCCUGAGGGUUCCUUACAAUGGACUUGCCUCCCUUGCCGUCUACGGUCCAUUUAGUUUUUGAAGGUGGCCAGCCAGUGUAUAAAGUGAUGUGUAUAUUCCUAACACAUUGAAAACCUGUUUGUACAUAUUGUUUCUUAGUUGAGUGGCGAGAGUUAAUAACGUUGAGAAAGUAAAUUUAUAUUUUAAAAAAAUUUAAAUUUUUAAAGAAGUCUAUGAAAUAGACUUAAAGUAGGGUUGUAACAAAAUUGUUACCGUUAAUAAAUAUCAUAUUCCAUAGAGCAUAGUCUGAAUUGAAAGAUUAUAUACGUAAUAGUGUAUGAAGAAUAUUUCCUAUUGGAUGUUCGUGUGAUUCGGUUGGUAGCUCACGUUGUAGCUUUCCUCGCCACCACUUCCUCUUUAUAAGUUUUGUAAAAAUUAUUUUUAAUAAAA